GUUCGAGGGAGGUUUGGAGGCCGGCGAAGAUAAUUGCGGUGACAGCAAAAAUAGCGCGACAACAACAACAACAACAACAACAACAACAACAACAACGACAACAACAACAUCAACAGCAAUGACGACGACGGUGGCAGCAACGACUACGGAAGCAGCGGGGUAGACAGUGGUGUCAGUGCAGCCGUGAUCAUCAUCGACGGGAUAAGGGAGAUGCCGAGUGAUGGCGGCAACAACAACAACAACAACAACAGCGACGAUGAUGGCGGGGGCGACGGCGGGAUUGGAGUUGACAACAACAACAACAACAACAGCGGGGACGACGGCGGGGGAAACGGACAUGGAAGCAGUGGGGUAGAAAGUGGUAUUCGUGCAUCUCAGAUUUUCAUCCGUGUGAUGGGAAUGAUGCCGCAAGAGGAGGGGCGGGGGAUUGGAGUUGACACGGAGAAUUGGCUUACUGUCUUCCCCCCCUCCAACCUCGAUACGGAAUUGCUCCACGUCGUUUGGCAGAGGAUAGGAGAUACUCACCUUGCGAUAUUAGGAUGCCGCGGCAUUCCGUGGUCACUUGGCAUCGACCACAAGGAGAACAAUGAAGCAUGUAAUGCUGCAAGGAAGGCCAAUUUAGGAGAGAAGAAAGAAGCAGCGAGGGCACACAGGAAGACGAAACUGAAGGGACUGGAAGAACUCACAGAGGAUUUGGCCACUUUGGAGGGUGAACUGGACCCAUUGAUGGGAGCUCAAACAAAGACACUUCAACAAGUUCGAUUGCGGGGCAAUUUUCCGAACACAACAGGAGGGUCCAUGAAAGAAAUCAAGAGGAUGAAAUUAUCGCAGCUCAAGCAGCUGCUACAGGAAUCAGUCACGUUCGCUGCCUUGUUUGAUAUGGACAAGAGGCGGAAUCUGUCUCUGUCAUCCUCAACAAAAGAGCGUACAACAUCCUCAGCGAAAGAGCAGCAAACCCCCUCAGCGAGAGAACAGCAAACGUCCUUAGUGAAAGAGAGGGAUCAACAACUGGAUGUCUCUUUGCACAAGAGUGAAUUCCAUGAGGACAACAUUAGUGAUUCAACACACAACGCCUGUGGCUCUCUCGGGGAGGAGUGGGAAGAAGAAGUCGACUCCUUCUUGCUUUCAACCUCGCCAGAAGUAGUCGUGCAAUCAUCAUCAGAGACACACAGAAAAACAUCAGCAACGGGCGCUAGGAAGGACAACAUUAGUGAUUCAACACACAAUGCCUGUGGCUCUCUCGGGGAGGAGUGGGAAGACGAAGUUGACUCCUUCUUGCUUUCAAACUCACCGGAAGUAGUAGUGCAAUUAUCAUCAGAGACACACCGCAAAACAUCAGCAACAGGCGCUAGGAAAGAGGAGGGGACUGCCGAAGGAAACGGGCUCAGCAAUGGCAGCAUGCCUAACACCGAUGGCUGCAAGUGGAGAGACCUAGGCAAGGAGGAAAGAGAAUGGGGACAAGCCAUAGUGGGGGAAGGAUUGGGAGGAGUGAGAGGAGAAGUUGACCAAGCAGAAGCAGGAUCUGGAGACCAAGCAGAAGUCCUUUAUAGAGAAGGAGGGUCAUUUGAUACGCACGGUAAGUGUGAGUCUACUCUGCAGACAUGUAGACCAUCUGAGGAAGGGGCAAAAUCAUUCCAGGUUCCACAAGGCAAACAAGGAGGAGAAGGAGGAGAAGGAGGAGGAGGAGGAGGAGGAGGAGGAGAAGGAGGAGGAGGAGUAGGAGGAGAAGGAGAAGAUAGAGGCGAGGAAGGAGGAGGAGGAGGAGGAGGAGGAGAAGGUGGGGGAGGAGGAGGAGGAGGAGGAGAAGGAAGAGGAGGAGGAGGAGGAGGAGGAGGAUCAUAUUCCAACAUCAUAGAUAGUGAAGCAGGAUGUCUCCUGAGUUUUCGUCAGUCAGUGCUUUCUGGACAAAGGUCCUCCAGACAGUUCGAUGAUGGGCCAAGGCUCUUCGAGCUUGAACAAAGCAAGCAAGAAGUGUGGGAAGCGAGAGAAGGAGAACUCAGAGGAGGUUAUGCCAGCUUAACAUCUGAAGCAACAGGCUCGUUUGCGAGUCACGAUCUUGAGCGGAAGUCCAGACAAGAGGAGCAAGUUCAUACACUUGAAGAGCAUAAUGGUUUGGCAAUGUCACAACCGGAUUUCAAGUCAAGGGUGGAGAGAAAUUCAAGGAUGACCAUGGAAGCUAUGGAGCAAAUCGAAUCGGAUGCAGUUGCUGGGGAGAAGGAAAGUGGUUCGACAACUAGCAAGAUCGGGGUGAAACAUCAGCCUUGUUUGACUGGCCGUGAUUUAUGGAAUCUGCAGAAUGGGGGACAGGUCAAUGGGACCCCCUGUGCAUCUCAGGAGGCUUGCAAUAAAGAUAGAACAACACUUCAUGCAGGAACAGGAAGCAAAGGCGGUGCUGUACAAGGUGCUAAAGGGUCAAUCGCAGUGUCGACCCCAAGAAAGCGUUCAGAAAAGGGAUCUACCACCUCGACGCCUGUUGCUUCGUCUUAUGCAGCACAACACGUGCCAAGGAGCGGCUCAUGUGCAGAGUUGGGCCCAGAACCAGAUGGUGCUUUGGCCUCAGAAAGAGAUCACCGGCCUUCCUCUUUAUCUUCUUGUUGUUCCUUAUCCUCCUUAUCCUCAAUUUACUCCCUCUCGACAGCUGUUUCGGACAGUUGCCCCCUAGUUCAAUCUGCCAAGGAACUGAGCGAGUUUCUCAAUCCUGAGUCUUUGUUGUCUUCGUCAUCAUCGCCUAUAAGCUCUCCUAACUACUUAUCCUCAUCACCCAUCUCCUCCUCCUCAUCGUCAUCACAAUCGUCGUUGCCAUUGUCAUCGUCGUCGUCCUCGUCAUCGUCCUCGUCAUUGUCAUCGUCAUCGUCAUCAUCGCCAUCAUCCCAUGCACCCAAGGAAUCUGGUGCAACUCUCAAAUGUCCUUACUUAUCUAGUGCUUCCCUCUGCAAGCACUCAACUACUCAAAGUGGCGGCGAUCAGCUGGCAGCUGCGGUGUCGCCAGAGUCACCACAGUUCCAUCAAAAACACUUUUCACAAGGCAAAGGUAACUCUAUCUCAUCGCAAAAAGCAGCACCUUCGGAACGGGUUAGUGUCAGUAUCAACCGUGGUAGGAGUCGGCAGAAGGGUAUCUCCUCUGAAGGACCAACUACGACAAAGCUGCCUAACGGAGCAAGGGGAAGCUCCCCGACGCAGCAGCGACCCUCGGGGAGAAGUAGUAGGAGUGCUUCACCCAGUCCUGCCAGCAUCACUCCUGCAACCGGUCAGCCGAAGUCAAAAUCAUCUGAACCACUAGUUACGACCAGGACGUCUGAAGGCACAAAGGGAAGCUCCACACUACAGCAGAGAGCUUGUGGUAGGAAUGUCUCUCCCAGUCCUGGCAGUGUCACGCGCGCUGCCAGUGAGCGGAAGCCUGCAUCCUCUGAAGAACCAGCAAUGACUAGGACACCCAAUAUGAUAAGGGCGAACUCCCCGUUGCCGCAGAGGCCCAAGGGGAGUGUUUCGACAAGUGCUGCCUUCCACCCUCCCUUGCAUUUCAGGCCCUGGGGCGGUGGUAGGAGCACUUCUCCUUGCCCUUUCGCCCGUGCUAAUGGGAGUAGAAGCAGCACAUGUAGUAAUGCUGCUGCUAAUGAUAGCAAGCUGUUAUCAAGGGGAGAGUGCAGAGCAGAAGCAGAACAAUUGCAGUCUAGGAGGGAGAGCUCUUCCACGCCCACUAAAACUACGGACUACAGAUUCAUGUCACCGACUGCCGCAAGUGCAGCAAGAGUGAGGGCAGUUGGAGCACGAAAUGAUUCCAUUGCAAGCAAUUCAAGCUCCGGCAAGAGAGCCUCGUCAUUCAGCACAACAGAAGCCGCAGCGACAACCCCAAAGCAAGAGUUGUUGGGUGUGAGCAUGGCGACAACGGUGGUAUCUCCUCCCCGUCCCUCCAUGCCUCCCUCCUCAGCAACCCAAUCGGCAACAGGAAGCGCAUCUCCCAGCCUAGGCCUUGUAUCAGCAAGGAGGGUUCGCGAAGAGUUGCCUGGAAGGACUCGUCACCCCCAUGUGGAUGCGGUGGUCUCCACACAAACAUCACAGGCGUCCGUCAACACUACAAAGGGAAAAGCACUGAGGGAGUGCUUGUAUAGGUUUCGAGAGGCACUGGAGAGCAAGGAUGGGGGGUUCAAGUGUAGGGAUUUAUCCUGCAUUGGGGGGAAUACCGUCAAAGCAGAGAAGACGCCAGUGGGAGCCAGCAGUUUUCCCUCUCGCCGAGGACAAACAUCCACUGUUCCGCUAUCAACAGGAUUAACAAGUCUCUCCCUUCUACAGCAACACAUUCUUCCCAAAACCACUACCUCCACCUCCACCUCAUUAUCAGAGAACCCUUCUCCAGCAGAGCUCCACGGUGAACGACUGCAGCUGCCAGCAGAAGCAGAAGAGUCACCAAGACAUGGGAGGUUGUUAGGAGGCGCCAUGGAAGAGACCAAAGCAGCUCGCACAGGAGGGAUUCCGCAUCUGUCCUCCAAAGUCGCUUCCUCCUCAGCUAUCAAGAAGACGGAAUUGAAACCCUGGAACAGUCCUAUCCGGACAAAACCGGCACCUUUAGCAGAGGAGAAGUUCCCGGCCAGGCGAAGACGCAGCACAGCGAGUACCAAGCCAAUACCUUCUCAGAACAUUCAGGCACCAGCAGAGACACGCGCCACUCUUGCAAAAGACAAACAAGUGAGGAUGGAGAAACCUCCUCCUCCUGCCAAUCUAAUGGGUCUAAGCGCAUGCUCUCGUGCUAUUUCUUCUUCUUUCUCCUCCUCCUCCUCCUCCUCCUCCUCCUCAUUAGCAGCAGCAGCAGCAGCAUCGUCGUCAUCAUCAUCAUCAUCAUCAUCAUCAUCAUCAUCAUCAUCAUCAUCAUCAUCAUCAUCAUCAUCUUCAUCAUUGUUGUCCUCGUCACUUUUUUCACCAUCCUCCUCAUCUUCUUCUUCUUUCUCCUCCUCCUACUCCUCCUCCUCCUCUUCCUCCAUGGACUCUGCUUCCUCUUCCUCCGCCUCCUCAUCCUCUUCUUCCGCUGCUGCUGCUGAUGAUGAUGAUGAUCAUCAUCAUCAUCAUCAUCAUGUCACCGCACCCACUUACUCGUCUCAUUCGUAUCCACCUGUUUUAUCGUGCAUAGAAGAAGCUGCUUCCUCACGGAUGACUACCAGUUCAACCGAGUUGGCCACCAAGGCCUUGUCAGCUACCUUUGACGUGCUAACUGUUGACGAGAGUGGAAACGGGUUGAGUACCAUGCAUGCCUAUAAAUCACACCAGUUGGAGACGGGUUGCUUUGGGGUUCAGCAGGGAGCAAUGACCCCCAACUCCUGUUCCAUGAGAAAAGAGAUGAGUGGGUCUAUCCAUGAGAACUGGUUGCAAUCGACAUUUUUCAAACAUAGAGAAGAGGUCGAGGAGGUGGGGAGAAAGACGGAAAGUCGAGAUACUGAGACAAUGAUAACAGGGACAGAGGCUAGCAGUAUGUCCCAGAGGACAGCAUGGAUUGAACAAGUAAGAAAUGUGCAGGGGGACCUUGAUGAAGAUCAUGGAGAGAGAAGCGCGGACUCUGAUGCUUCUGUCUCCCAUCCAUCCGCUCAAGGUCAACCUCACACUCCAGCUGGAAUAGCAGUCCCAGCACCGGCAACUACCCCAGAUAGGACUGUAGAUGGGCUAGACAAUCAUUUGGGACACAUCUCCCGCUGCAGUGACUGCCCUGCCGUUGGCCAACGGACAACAAGUGUGCUGCAUUCCUCAUCGUCAUCGCCGUUGCCGUCCGACAGAACUACUGAGCCCCUUCCUCUCUCUCCAAUUAUAGGUCAAACUAAUAGCACAGUUACUCCUUCUUCAUGUCAGUCUAUCAGUUCUUCUAGGACUUCUGAACCCCUUCCUCUCCCUCAAAGUAGAGGUGUCACUAAUAGUUCAGCCACUGCUUCAUUGGCUUCAGGGCCCUCUAUCAGUCCUGCUAGGAUAGCAAACGGCGAAAGCAGUAGAACUUCAAUGUUGGGAAGAAGAUCGCCGUCGAGGUCACUUUCGGCAAGAACAUCACAUACGAGCACCCCAUCUCGCGAUUCGCCAGCUCCCAGCCAAGAAAGAAAUGGGAAUGUUCUUAUCUUGACCAAAGCAUCACAAUAUGCAUUAUGUCCACCAGGGAACGGCAGAUUAGAAAGGAGGGUUGGAGUAGCAGUUCAAAGAUACCCGUCACCACUGCCAUGGCUGUCAUCAUCAUGCCCUCAGGCUGCUAAUCCUCAUGGAAACCGAGAUCAUCCUGUGCAACGGAGUGAUCGAUCCGCUCGUGCUUCUUCAGUGACGACACCGUGUCGUGCUUCUUCACUGACAACAGCGCAUCGUGCUUUCAGCCCAGCUGACAAAGCAUCGAGAAAGGCUGUGGGGUCGACAGGAAGGAGAAGGUCGUCAUCACGAUCGCCACAGCCGUCCUGCACGACCGCUCCUAGCAACUCCCGAGGCUUCCGUCCAAGGAGCAGCGGAACGACUCCUGUCUCACAGGCAUCACGACCCGCCUGCAGUCCAGCAGGAAAAGUCAGAAGAGGGGAAAGCAGUGCUGCUGAAAGGAAGAGGCCAUCUUCUAAUCAAAGGGGGGGUACUUGUUUGCAUUCUUCUCCUCUUGAAGCAGCAGAGAGAGGAAGGAGCAGGCCCAGUUCUCCUGCUGCUAGAGCUGGAGGGACAAAACAUACAACCGGCCCGAGAACCAAUGGUGAAUUGGAGCUCACUACAGGCAGGCCCGUCAGCGGUGACAUCAAGAACGGAGGUGGUCCCCACAUGGAAAAAAUACAGAGAGGACACGCUCUGGCACAUAGAGAUGCACAUCAGCCGUCGCCAAGCUUCUCCCAGCCAGGAGCUCCAACAGAUAUGCUGGCGUUGUCUCGUAGCACUCCACCACCCUCACAGAGCAAGGACAGGAGGCCGUCAGCAAAAGCAAUUAACAGAAAAACCACCUUGGUAGGCAGCCCAACAGCAGUGAAGGAAGAAUUGCCCUGCAUUUCGGUACCGGGCAGAGGAAGAACGACCCGCAAAGAAGGAAGAAGGUCGAUCUCAAUGCCAAGACCAGCCAGGGUGGUCCUUACAGAGGCAGAGGAGCAGCUCAAGCAGGAAGAGGAGGGAACAUCUUUUUCAUCCUCGUUGGAUUUCCGAAAUAUUGAUAUCGAGGCUGGGAGAAGGCGGCGACUUGAGAAAGAGAAUGGUGAAGUGGUAGGCGGAAGAGGGACAGUGGUGUGCAAGUUGGAAGAGGAGCAUUUACUUCGCACUGGUGGCAUGAGGCGGAAUAGCUAUGAAAAGGGUAACAAGGCACCCCCACCACAUUCACCACUCCUGGAGAAGGGAGGCAACGCUCCUGCUCUGGGCUCGUUAUCUCUGGGUAGAGAGGGGAGCAAUUCUGCGACAACUCGAGCUAUCGCAUCCCAUGCACCGAGUUCUAUCUCUGAUCCUGCCUGGGAGACUGAGGCAGCAAGCCAGGGUAAGAAAGGUGGUCCUUGCGAAUGCGCAUUUCCCUACCUUAGUAAAGCUGGAGCAGCUGUUGUUCACCGUACGCUGAAGUCGUCGGGUGGUGAUUCGCAUGACCCGGCCAUUAUCGAUAACACUUUUCUCAAGAAUGAAUCCCCUCGUUAUGGAGGCAGUGAUGAUGACAGCUUGCCCUUCGCCAACCCCAAAAAGAUCGGCAGUACCGGCCGCUCAGGAAGGCAACAAAUGGGAAUAGAUAAGUUGCUGAAAUCAAUGCAAGCCGAUCCGAUGGGUCUUCAUAGCGUGAACGUUGUCAGGAUUGACUGUGUGAUGAAGGUAGAUGUGUCGUCUACCCACCUUCCACACCCCUCCGCAUCCGGAGUAAUGGUCGACAGUUCAAGUCCAACCAUUCUCAACCUAGGAGAAGGAGAUGGUCUUCCUCCUCCCCUAGGAGACAGGAUGGCGUCCCCAACUGUGCGUCAAUCUCCAUCCGACACAGACAUGGAAGUGGAUGCUCUAGCUCCGGUGGCGGACACUAACCACGAGUUGUUGAGAGGGGGAGGCAGUCUUCCUCCUCCCCUAGGAGAAGGAGGUGGUCUUUCUCCUCCUCUAGGAGAAGGAGGUGGUCGUCCUCCUCUCCUAGGAGGAGGUGGUCAGACAGUUGAUGGUGAUGAAGAGAUGGGUGACAAAGAAGAAGAGCUGAAGGCAUCAUGGGAGUGGAAAGCGGCAAUAGCCCAACCAUACGCUGCUGUUUCAUCUGACGACCUUGAUGGUAGAAGAAAGAGUAGAACAGAUCCUGACAACAAGGAAGUUGUUUCCCAGGACAGCUCCAACUUUGACUACCAAGAAAUGUCUUGUCGCAGUGAAGAAGGCGAACACACCUCGGCGUCCACCACUAUUUCGAGCGCCAUGCCGUAUGAGGAGGGGAUGGAUCCGCCAACUCCAGAAAGAAUUGAAACUGGACCGAGGUUCAAACGUGAGGAGUCACCACCAAUUUCUGGCAAUGCGGGCCGAGAUAGAGACAGAGACAGAGAUGGAAAUGGAGAAAGAGACGAAGACGGAGACAGAGACGGAGACGGAGACGGAGAUGAGCCAGCUACACCAGUACUGUUCAAGAAGCGGUUGUCGGUGCCACCGAUGAAUCCAGUAGAUAAUCAGCCCAGCCCUAUCUCUGCACUCGACUUCCCAACCAUAUCGGAGUAUGGCGAAUCGUCUGCCGAACUUGACUGUCUAGAAGAAAUUCAGGAGCAAUUGUUUGCAGUCAUCCAUCGUGGAGAUUGGAUAAGAGAGGAAGGCGGAAAAUCGGAGAAUGGACAUGGAGCUGGACAAAAAACAGAAGACCCUGGGAGGCUUGCGUCUUCAGAAGAUCAAGGCCUUAGCACCAAGUCCACAGCUUUGUCUUUGAAACGUAGCUUUGAAGACGGUGCCGAUAGUGAACUACCGUCUGCUCAAGGGAAGAUCAAGAGAGUUGGCAGAGAAGAUGAGAGGAACGGGACCGACUGUUGUACUCCCUCCAUUCCCAGGCACCCCACCGCUCAUCAAGACACGGACAAGGACCACUUGAAUUGCGUGCAAAGAGCAGGAAAACGUAAGAUCUCCCUGCCUGGAGGCCUCAAGCUUGAGGUGCGCACUGAUUUGGGCAGCGGAAGCGCGGCGGAGCGCUUCCCUACCAAGGAUGAUGGCGACUCUUGGAUCGAUAUACUUUCCCCGGAAUCAUCAGCAGCGAAAGACUUGUUCUCAAAGCGAGGCAUCUUAGUGCGAGAAGAGGCAUCCGCGUUUCCGGAUAGCAAGCCGCCACAGGAUAAGACCUUAGUUGAGGUUCCCGAAGAAGAGCUGUCCCUCUGCGAGUCAUCUGCUGUGCGUGAAGACCUGCUGUAUGUAAGGGAUAUCCUGGCAGCAUCUGGGUUCGCAUCGGCGGAGGAGGCGGUCAGGUCUAAUUUGAGGUGGUAUGCUCCGGGGAAACCAUUAGACCCGGCCCUGUUUGAAAAGAUGGAGAGGGAGAGGCAAGCUGCAAAUCAGUCGGCAGAUGGUGAGGCGACUGGGUUACUUCAUCAGGAGAGAGUAAGCGCAGGAACUGAACAAUCGCUCCUCACCAUGGGUGAGAAGCAAGAUGGUGGGUCAGUGCCGCCAUCCUCAACGGAUCCAACACGUCAUAAACGGUGGCUACUUUUCAACGCCGUGAGUGAGGGGCUUGCCAGGAAAUUAGCACACGAAGAUGAGGAGGAUGUUCGCAAGUGGCUGCAAGUGGAUGGGAGAAGCAAUCGGCGCCCUCCACUGGUCGGAAAGGAGCUUGUACUCGAGGUGUGGGCCAUGGUUCGCGGAUGGUCACAGCUUGCUCGCAGUGAGACAAGCACUAUGGACUCUGUACUUAGCAGAGACCUUUCGUGUCAAAAAUGGGUUCAGCAGUUCCAGCGGGAAUAUCAGGAGAUUGGAUCAGCCAUUGAGGCCCAGAUUCUUGAUGAUCUGAUAAACAACCUCGUCAGCGACCUUGUUGAAGUUGAGCAAAAACGUCAGGAGAAGCGACUUGGUCGUCUCGUCUCGUCUCGUCUCGUCUCGUCUCGUCUCGUCUCGUCUCGUCUUGUCUCGUCUCGUCUCGUCUCGUCUCGUCUCGUCUCGUCUCGUCUCGUCUCGUCUCGUUGAUUACUUCACACUGUCAGCAACCUCCCUUGCACUUAUUGCCAGUUGUAUCGAGCAUGUAGUCGAACACUUCACCAC